AUGAAUUCUACUACUAGUAGUACCACACAGGCUCUACUUUCGAAAUACGCUUCUUUGUAUAAGGAGACUACUCAACAUCAAUUGACUAACGAAUUAUGUCAAGGGACAUUAAACGAUCGUACUUUGUAUGUUUAUUUGGCUCAGGAUCUGAUCUUCUUCGAGACUAGUCUAAGAUUGAUUUGCAAAGCUACUUCUUUAGCUCCAGAAUCCAGUAGUCUCUUAACAUUGGCUAAAAAAAUUGGGUUUUUUGCCAAUGAUGAAAAUACCUAUUUUAGAGAUUGUUUAAAAUAUUUGGAACCAGCCGUACCAUCCGAAAAUGAACGUCAAAAAUUUUUAGGGAUAAUGCUACCUGGUGUCGAUAAAUAUAUUAAAUUCAUUAAUGAAAGUGUCGUCGAUACAAGCAUGACUUACGCUCAAUAUAUUACUAUCAUAUGGGCUUGUGAACAAAUUUAUUUAAGUUGGGCUCAUGAUUCACCAAAGAAGGAAAAUUUACAUUGGAAAUAUCAAACAUGGAUUGAUCUACAUGAUGGUGAGCAUUUCAUUUCAUGGUGUGAUUUCUUAGAAGCAGAAGUAAAUAAAUUCUCAAUUGAAGAAGUUGAAAAACAAUUUACUACUGUCUUACAACAUGAAUACAAUUUCUUUGAUAAUUGUUACAAGGCUUGA